AUGGGUUUUUCUGCCCAUAAGUUUACUAAGAACUACAAAUCCCGUAUGCCCGGUAAAGAGUGGGAGACCAACCUUGGCGGGGUGCGGCGCUUCGAGUAUCACUCCCGAUACUCUGAGCUGAGCUCCGACAAAGAGCCACGGCACAAGAAGCCCAUCAGGGAGAGCAAGGCAAAGAAUGACAUCAUCACCAUGGUCGAGUCGCUGGUUAAGGAUUAUCAAGGCGAGGCUCGCGACGAUGGCAAAGGACUAUCUUCUCUCGAGAGACUCGGUCUCUUGCCUUCGACGUUAUGGAGCUCUAUCUCCGAUGCCUUCGAAUUCUGCAGGAUAUUCAGAAAGUCAACGUUUAGUCGGGGCUUGCCCAUGAACACCGUUGUCUGCGAGAUGCUAUAUGACUUGGGCGGUGCGCAACGCCUUCAACCAAGCAUAUUCCCCGUCGCCGCCACCAUCCUGCGCAAGGUCAUUCAGAAUGAAGGAGACACUACACUCACAAAGGCUAGAGUAUGGCAAGAGAAGACGAAGCUCAAGGUGGAAGACUUCAAGGGUAUGGAUGAACCCAGCUUUGAGAAUCCUGAUGCAGAUAGAAUCGGCCUUCAUUUGCGCAAGAAGUUUGUUACCAUCAUGUGCAUGGAUCAGAAGGGGAAAUUUUACGGUUCCUUUUGGAACGAAGUGAGCUUCACGCAUUAUUUUUUGGCUUGA